AUGUCACACACAGCCCAAACACAACAUUUGAUAGGUUACUUCGCAGUUCCAGGAAACCAUUGGUCGACAAAAAUUCGUUGAGUGGUGUGAAACAUCAGGUUGAACACAUUGACUCAGUGCUACUUUCACCUUUGCAUUGUCUACCAAUAGACAAGGGAAGUAACAGAACAAGUACUCCAAUUUUGAUUUCACCUGUUUUCCCAGCAGUUUCAGUUCGUAAUAAACGAAGGAACAACAAUAAUGAUCUGAAGAGAGAUGGCAGAAAUAUUUUGGCUGCCUCUAAUUCCACCUUUUCACCUUCACCGCUCCCGUGUGAUGCAGAUGACACUGAUGGAUACAAUGUGGUCAGAUUUCUUGAAUCGCGUGCACAUAUUACUGAAUGUCUUUGUAACAAAAUUGUAGAACAGUGUAAAUGUGAGGAUAGUCCCUUCUCCCAGAUUGCAAAAAUGACUAGAAAUAGUAUUGAAAAUGAGAACAUUGAUUACAAAAUUACACAUCAAGAUUCUUCUGGAAAUAUUUCAGGAAUGAGAAUGAGAUUGAGGAGAACUACGGCAAGUGAAAAUGAAGGGCCUAAUAAUACUGAUAACUCAUUUAAUCCUGAUGAAAGCUUCUAUUCAUCAAUCAAAAUAAAACAUAAAAGGAAUAAGAAAACAAAGAAUGGACGUGACAAAGUUGAUAACACUCGAAGUUCUGAUGAUUUCCUUUCGCCAAUUUUCACAAGAUCUAAGGGAACUAGUGAGAGUCAGGGUGUACGUGAGAAAUCUAUUGGAGUUCAGGAAUUUAUAAGUGUUCAUGAUUCUAAUAAAAGAUCUGGUAGUGACAGUGUGUAUAAUAAAGGUAAAAGCAAUUGUAAUAUUGACGAAAGCAUACCUUCGUCAGUCAGAAUUAAACAUAAGAGAAUUGAGAACAGAUAUCAAACACGUUCUAGUCAUCAACAUCGUGAGAGUUACUUGGUGCCACUAGUUAGCGGUUCCCAGCACAAUGAAAGUGGAAGCAAUGGUGACAGCACAACUUGGGAUAGACCAGAGUUUGGCCAACUUCAAUUUGCAAUGACUUGUGAAAGUCCUGACAUGUUCUCUUCUUUGGAUGAGAUUGAAACUAAUAUGGUUGCAUUUCAAUGUGGAACUGUAGUUCAAAAGAACCAUUUGAACUUCCCUGACGAAAGUGCCUCAAGUAGAAAUUUGUCUUCAGACUCUGUUAUUACAAACAAUUCUCAUGAGUACCAUAGGUCACUCAUGUCAAAUGAUGCACAUUCAUUUAAUUUACAUGUAAGAAAAGCAGAGUUCAGCCACUUGGUAUCUUCAGUGGAAAUCAAAGGUAACAGUAAUGUGGAUAGGAAGUCAAUAGGUAACAUCAUUAACUUAUCUUCACAGGUUAGCAAUACACUUAAUCUCACCAGUCCAGUACAUGCAGGACUAUCAGAUUCAAUAAUUACUUCAGUACAGAGUUCAGACUGUGAUAAUGUAGUAAAUGAAUUGUGUGCUAAUAGAAGUAAGUCAUUAGAGGCAGAAUUUGACAAUGGUGGCUCUUUUAGAGCUACUGCAAUUAAAAAUUUAAUGCCAGUUGAUCCUGAAGUAAAUCGGUGCAGCAGAAUAACUCGGAAGUCUGCUCGUAGUUCAAGGGCUGCAGUGUUAUCAUCCCCUUCACAAAUUGAGACAUGCAUACCGUCAAACAAAGAUAUGUGUACAACUAACAUGUUGUCACAGGCAACUCGUCAAGAAGAAGAAUCAGAGAAUGUGUCCGAUGUUUUAUAUCGAGCUGCUGACAGCCACGAAUUGAGCUAUUGUAAAGGGCAAAAUUUGGCCCACAGCACGAGUCUGUACUGUGGAAAAAAUGCAGAACUGUCAUAUCGUAAUCCCAGCAGGAGGUCCAGUCUGUGCAGGAGGCUUUCGCAUGUGGUAAUUCCAGAAAGGCGGACACGAGGAAGUAAUAAUUCAAAUGGAUCAUUGCCAGUGUCUGAUAAAAGAUCUGUAUCCGUUUCAGAUUUUACCGUCUCCGUAAUAAUAGAGGAAGACGAAAAUGAACUGGCUCCUGAAGUUGCGACUCGAGGACUAGUUUCUGCAAGGGACAUGGUACUGGGCAGAUGUAACCAGCUCGAACCCCUUAAUUUUGAGAAGGCCUUUCCACCCAGGUUUUUUGACAAUUGUAAGAAGAUAGGUGAAGGCUUAUAUGGAGAAGUGUUUUUCUGUCAGUAUAAUUGUACCUCUGACAGGGUGCUUAAAAUUAUCCCCAUUGAAGGUCAUAUCUUGGUGAAUGGGGAGAAACAAAAAAAGUAUGAAGAAGUCCUUUCAGAAUUGGUUAUUGCUAUGGAAUUGAGUAAUUUACGUCAUGAUGCACAGUUCAAAACUAGCUGCUUUGUGGAGGUUGCUCGUUGUGUGUGUGUUAAAGGAAAAUAUCCACAGAGGCUUAUUGAUCUCUGGAAUGAAUAUCAUGAGGAAAAAGUGUCUGAAAAUGAUUCACCAACUAUCUUCGAUGACAGCCAACUCUUUCUCAUAUUUGAAUUGGCUGAUGGUGGCAAAGCUUUGGAAAAUUACUGUUUUACAUCAGCUGCCCAAGCAUUUUCAGCCUUUGUUCAGUUAUCAUUUGCUUUGGCAGUAGCAGAGAUCACUCUGGAAUUUGAGCACAGAGAUUUACACUGGGGUAAUGUGUUAAUAAAGAAGACAUCAGCAAAGCAUAUUACUUUCAAAUUAAGUGGAAAGGAAUUUUCAGUUCCAGCAAAUGGAAUACAGGUCACAGUUAUAGAUUACACUUUAUCGAGAAUGUCAUAUGGUGGCUGUUGCAUUUUCAAUGAUCUGGCUGUGGACCCAGACCUCUUCAUCUCACAAGGAGAUUAUCAGUUUGAAGUGUACCGCUUAAUGCAAAAUACAGUGAAAAACGAAUGGAGAAAUUUCAGGCCCUACACAAAUAUUCUUUGGUUGCACUACACCUUGGGCAAAAUGUUGCAAGGUGUCCAUUACAAAAACAUCUCCACCAAGAUUCACAAGAAAUUUAGAACAAAGCUAGAUAACUGUUACAAUGAUGUACUGAAGUAUAAUAGUGCUCAUGAUUUAGUGACUAAUGGGAAUUUACUGGAAAUGAUUAAAUAAUAUCUUCCAAAAAUGAGUAUUUCUGUUGAAAUGGUUAUACACAGCUGAAGUUCCUUUGUACAGAAUGUAUAAUAGUGUUAGGGUCUGAUUCUCUAUUGUUACAAAGUUCAAAGAAAAAAGAAAAUACUAAAAGAUAUUGACAUUGCCGUCUGAGGCACAAUGAAUAAACCAGCUAUUCUUUAGAAAUUGGCACCAAAAUCAGUUGCAUAUGACAAGCAUUGUAUGUUCACAAUUGUAUGUUUUUUAUCACAUCCUGUAACUUUUUCACCUGGUAUUCUGCUUGUGGCGAAAUAAAUAAA